GAAGAGCCGACCUUGGAGCAGGGUAUUACUGAGUAUCUGGAAGAUGUCAACAGCCCCCACUGCAGCUCAGAACCCUGGGGGAUGACCUGCACCCACUAGAAUGCCUGGAUGGUUCAAAAAGGCAUGGUAUGGGCUGGCAUCUCUACUCAGCCUCUCCUCCUUCAUCCUGAUCAUCACUGCCCUGGCAGUGCCUCACUGGCUGAGUGGGAAAAUCCUUUGUCAGACUGGAGUGGACCUGGUCAACGCCACCGACCCAGAGCUGGUCAAAUUCAUUGGGGACAUUUACUACGGUCUCUUCCAAGGGUGUAAGGUGCGGCAGUGCGGGCUAGGGGGCCGCCGGUCCCAGUUCACAAUCUUCCCGCACCUGGUGAAGGAGCUCAACACGGGCCUCCACGUAACGAUUCUGCUGCUCCUCCUCCUGGCCUUGGCCCUGGCUCUGGUCAGCAUGGGCUUUGCCAUACUCAACAUGAUCCAGGUUCCCUACAAGGCAGUCAACGGCCCCGGGGGCAUCUGCCUAUGGAACGUCCUGGCAGGUGGAGUCGUGGCGUUGGCCAUCUCCAGCUUCACGGCCGCGGUGAAAUUUCACGACCUGACAGAACGAAUCGCCAACUUUCAGGAGAAGCUCUUUCACUUUGUCAUCGUGGAAGAACAGUACGAAGAGUCAUUUUGGAUCUGCGUGGCCAGCGCCUCGGCCCACGCGGCAAACUUGAUUGUGGUGGCCAUUAGUCAAAUUCCCCUCCCAGAGAUUAAGACCAAAAUAGAAGAGGCCACGGUCACGGCCGAGGAUAUCUUGUACUGAUAGGCUUC